UUCCUUUUGCAAAUCUGCACUCGUGGACACCGACGUGGCCUUCUGAAACUCCACGACUACGAGGCAACCAGACCGUCGUGGCCUGCCCCCUGCCUUGCCCUGACCUGCGGCGAUCUCCUCUCCGACUCCGGCGAGACGCUCCGAUCCCUCUCCGACCUGCGCCGUCAAGGACCCCGAGAUUUCGCGCAAGCGUCAUGUUAGCGGCACGCGUUAAUCUGAAGGGUUGGCAACAGGCAGCAGUUGCAUUUGGUUCUGCAUUCGGGGCCUUGCUUGAUCCUAAGAGAGCCGAUCUGAUAGCUGCACUUGGGGAGACUACUGGAAAGCCAGCAUUUGAGCGUGUGCUCCAGCGCAUGAAGAACAGUGCUGAAGGCAGGGAAGUUCUUUUGGAGCGUCCUCGAGUUAUAUCCACACAGGUUUCCCAUGCCUGGGACAUGCCCGAGAACACAUUUGGUGCUGCCUAUGCUCAGUUCAUGGGAUCGAGGAACUUCUCUCCAGACGACCGCCCACCCGUUCGGUUCAUGGACACCGAAGAGCUUGCAUUUGUUGCCACCCGUGCCCGCGAGGUGCAUGACUUUUGGCACGUGCUGUUUGGCCUUCCGACGAACCUGAUUGGAGAGACUGCCCUGAAGGUGAUCGAGUUUGAACAGAUGUUCCUCCCGAUGUGCAUGCUCUCUGUUGUUGGGGGCUCUGCGAGGUUCAGUGAGAAACAAAGGACGCUGUUUUUCCAGCACUAUUUCCCAUGGGCAACCAAAGCAGGUCUUAAGUCUACAGAUCUGAUGUCUGUGUACUAUGAGAAGCACUUCCAUGAAGAUUUGGAGGAAGUGAGGAGAAACUGGGGAAUUGUGCCAUGCCCUGAUCCCAAAAGUAGCAGCAUUUAGACUUCAGAGCACAUUUUGUGUGAAAAAAACCUUUAUUUGGUUUUAGCUUUGGUUAUGGUAGCUGUUCUGUCCUUGAGAAUAAAACCAUGAGUUAUUCUACUGAGUACUAGCAAGUAAAUAGGGUACGGUACCUUCCAAAUGGCAGAAUGUUGACCAUGACUCCAUGAGCUACUUGUAUGUGAUUUAGAUUCAAGGUUUGCUCAAAUGGCUUUCAGACUUCAAAGUGGUACAUUUAAAUCAGAAUACAAGAAUGCUUCCGAA